AUGAGGACAGAGGAGAAGGAAGAAGAAGAAGAACAACAAUGGCGAUCAGUCCACGAGGUUCUACUGAUUGUUCUUCCUUAUCUUCACUCUCUGUUCGAGCUUCUCUCUAUGACUCGCGUUUCGCGUUCGUUCAGAGACGCCAUCAGAGACGAAACCGCGUUGUGGACAAACGUCGUCGUCGAACCACCGCUGAGCUCUCGUCUAACCGAUGAUACUCUAUCGGAGAUCACUUCGAAAUCAGCCGGAAAACUGAAUACUCUGAUCCUCCGUCAAUGCCUUCGAGUCACCGACAACGGUCUCCGACGUGUGAUCGACGCGAAUCCUCUCAUCACAAAGAUGAUUGUUCCGGGAUGCACGGAAUUGACUCCAGAAGGAAUCAUGAAAUGUGUCUCAAGCUUGACGAAGCUGGAGACACUUCACAUCAAUGGCGUCUACGGCUUCACCAAACACCACAUCUCAUCACUCUCUUCCACAUACCUGCCUCGGGAGGGAUCAAUCGACGUGGAGGUCUGUCCCAAAUGCGACGAAGUCAGGAUGAUUCCAUCUUGCUCAAGACGAUCAUGUAAGCAGAGGCAAAGCAAGGAACGCAAGUGCAAGGGAUGCUGGUUUUGCGUAUCUAGAUGCGUGGAGUGCUCGGUUUGCCUAGGGCCAGAGACUGAGGUUCAAGAAGCAGCUUGCGGUGGUGAUGUUCUCUGUCUCGAGUGUUGGAUUGUGCUUCCCAAAUGCUGUUUCUGUAACAAACCAUAUUGCACGAGCCACAGCAGCCUGCGGCAUGAGAUUGCAAGCAGUGAUGAUGCUGCUGCUGCGGCGGCUAGGCCCAUGUUUGAAUGCCAAGCUUGUUACUAUAGGGAAGGUACAAACCCUUAUGACGCUUUCGACUAUCAAAUCUAA